AUGAAGGAUUCUCUAGAAGAACUCGUCAUAUCUGAGGAGCUGGAGCCAAUAGCUAUUAUCGGCCUGGCAUUUGAAUUUCCUCAAGAAGCUACCUCUGAGGAUGCCUUCUGGCAGAUGAUAUGUGAGGGGAGAUCCGCGAGCACCGACUUCCCCAAAGAACGCUUGAAUAUAGAUGCGUUCUACCAUCCCGACGUCUCUCGAAACAGCACGCUUCCUGUUCGAGGUGGGAACUUCGUGAAGGAAGACCUCGGCGCGUUCGAUGCGCCUUUCUUUUCUAUCGCUCCAGGAGAAGCAUCAUGCAUGGACCCUCAACACCGUCGAAUGCUUGAAACGGCAUAUCUGGCUUUGGAAGAUUCGGGAAUUCCACUAGACAAAUGCUCUGGUUCUGACACUUCCGUUUAUACCGGAUGUUUUACUAAUGACUACCUGAGUGUCCUACAGCAAGACUAUGAAGCUGAACAAAGACAUGCCGUCAUGGGGGUGGCUCCUUCUAUGUUAGCAAAUCGCGUUAGUUGGUUUUUCAAUUUCAAGGGAACUUCGAUGAAUUUGGAUUCUGCCUGCUCAAGUAGUUUAGUUGCGCUUCAUCUUGCGUGUCAGGAUCUUCGUGCCGGUACGGCGUCCAUGGUAGGUGAUAAAAUUGCGUUCGCUCGAUGGAAUGUUGGCUUACCUACUCAGGCACUGGUGGGAGGGGCCAAUAUGGUUUACCAUCCUGACUUUAUGAAGAUGAUGACAACUUUUAACUUUCUAUCCCCUGACAGCCGCUCUUGGAGUUUCGACGAGCGGGCCAAUGGCUAUGCCCGGGGGGAAGGAACUGCAGUGAUCGUGAUCAAACGCCUGACUGAUGCUCUACGGGAUGGAGACACUCUCAGGAGCAUUAUUCGCAACACUGGGACUAACCAAGAUGGUAAAACACCUGGGAUUACUCAACCGAGUCAAGAAGCUCAGGCGGAUCUCAUUAAGCGGACCUACAAGCAAGCAAACCUUGAUAUGGGCCCGACUAGGUUUUUCGAGGCUCAUGGGACUGGCACUAAAGUUGGUGAUCCCGCUGAAGCAAAUGCUAUUGGUCAAGCUUUUAGACGUUACAGGACCGCGGACGACCCCUUAUACAUCGGAGCUGUCAAGGCAAAUAUUGGACACCUGGAGGGCUGCAGUGGAUUGGCGGGUAUCAUCAAAGCCCUUUUGACACUUGAGAAAGGCCUGAUUCCUCCAAUUGCCGGUUUCAAAUGUCUUAAUAGCAAUAUCAAUGCUACAGCCUUGCACAUACAUGUCAGUAUAAUGAAAGCCAUUGUCAAUUCAUUCGGGUUUGGUGGCACAAAUGCAACCGUCAUCCUCGAUGAUGCAUACCACUUCCUGGAACUCAAUGGGUUACAAGGGUAUCACCGAACUUCGCACAUCUCGACGAGAGCUGUUAGUAUUGUCGAGGAUCACCACAAUUUGGAUAAAGGCCUCCAGCCUAUAGGGCUGCAGAAUGGUCCAAUGCCAGUCAUUGACAGAAUGCAGCGCAAAGAAGUCUCCGCAGCACCACAAUUGCUUGUCUGGUCGUCAUCAGAGCAGACCAGUGCGCUGAAAUUGACCGAAGCAUAUUGUGAACAACUUAGUCAACACAAGCUUCAGAUCGACGAGUUAGCACACGCCUUAGCUUCCAGAAGGACCCAUUUUGUAUGGAGAAAUUCUGUUGUUGUCGAUGGUCAAGACCCGGAUAGCUUCGAGCAUAUCACUCCCACCAAGGCGGUGAGAUCAAUCAAAAGUCCCCAACUUGCCUUCGUCUUUACAGGACAAGGAGCAAGUUACGUUGAAAUGGGUUGUGAGCUUGUAAUAUACUCUGCGUUUUGCAGGAGCCUGCAAGAAUCUCAAGUGAUUCUCGAAGAGCUUGGUUGUUCUUGGUCCUUGCGCGCAAUUAUAGAUGGGACAAACGCCACUGCACCCAUAGGAGAGCCACAAUAUAGCCAGCCCGCAACUACGUGCCUCCAGAUUGCGCUGAUCGAUCUUCUGAGAAGUUGGGGGAUCCGUCCGUCAGUAGUCUUGGGCCAUUCAUCUGGCGAAAUCGCAGCAUCAUACGCCGCAGGAGCGCUGUCCCUUGCUGCGGCAAUCAGAGCCGCGUAUUUCCGAGGCAUCAUAUCCUCCAGAAUUGUCCAAGACUCUGUCAAGAUGACCAUGAUGGCUGUUGGAAUUUCGAGACUUGGUGUAACGCCAUACCUGGAACGGCUGCAGCAAACGGAAGGUUCUCUGCGCGUUCAAAUUGGCUGCGUCAAUAGUCCCAGAAGCGUCACAUUGACAGGUGAAGUGGAGCAGCUCACAAAACUGGAAAAUUGGUUCAAGGAGGACUCUAUCUUUGCUCGCAGACUUCUCGUCCCAGUCGCGUACCAUUCGAGUUUUAUGGAUUCUAUAUCGACAGAUUAUCAAGCAACACUCGGGGAGCUCCAGACUACAACCAGCUCGGGAUUUGUGCCCAUGAUCUCGUCCGUCACAGGAGAUUUCAUUGCUGCAGAGACUCUCCGUGAUCCGAGAUAUUGGGUGCGCAACAUGACAUCGACUGUAGAGUUUGAGGCUGCAGUCUCCAAACUCAUCGCGUAUUCGAACACCGGGCCUCGCCAACGGCUCGGAAAGACGGUUGCGAGCCAAUCCUGGAUCACUCACAUGGUCGAAAUUGGUCCACAUAGUACACUCCAAGGCCCCAUACGUGACAUUUUGCAAUCUUCUACUCAGCCAAAAAUACCAUCUUAUGUCUCCGUCCUUACUCGUAAGAUGAGCGCCUCUAUUUCCAUAUUGAAAGCAGUGGGAUCAUUAUUUUGCGCCGGAUAUCCCGUGAAUAUACCAGCAGCAAAUAAUUUCCAUAGUUCGACGAAGCCUAUUCCUUCGGGACUACCAAGAUACCCAUUCAACCACAAACAAUCGUAUUGGCUGGAAAGUCGUUUGAGUAAGAAUUUCCGCUUUAGGGAGGCCUCUCGACAUGACCUACUCGGAACUCGAAGCCUUGACUGGAACCCACUUGUUGCACAAUGGCGGAAUGUCAUUCGAUUAUCGGAGGUCCCAUGGUUACAAGACCAUAAAAUCAACGGUGAAGUGAUUUUCCCAGCCGCAGGGAUGGUUGUGACCGCGGUAGAGGCUUUGAAACAAGUAACUGCGAAUCCAGAUGGCAUCAAAGGAAUUCAGCUGAAGGACGUUGAUUUCUUACGCCCUAUCAUAUUUCCUCGAGAGACUGAGAGGGCCGAGACCCAGUUGAGCAUUGAGACACCGUCCGGCACGUCGCCCUUCGCUUCGUGGUCAGAGUUUCGGCUUUUCGUGGUUGACAAUAAUGAUUACUCGGAAUGCUGCCACGGUUUUAUUAGAGCUGUCUCAAGUACAGACGACUUUCCAGCGCCUUCAUUCAUGCACGGGAGAAGUAUCCUUGAUUGGGUGGAAAAUUUAUCUAAUUUGUGCCAAGGCUCUGAGCACGAUCCCUAUUGUUCAUCAGCAAAGACUUCUAUACAAUAUGGGCCCUGUUUUCAGAACGUCGAGCGCAUGCGCCUGGGAUAUCAAGGUGAAGUCACUGCAGAAGUCAAAACUACUUCUUGGAAAUCCAGGGCUGUGAAUACAUUUGCCCAGCACUUUACAGUUCAUCCAAUAAUACUUGAUGGCAUGGCACAACUCCUUGUACCGGCCCUUGCCUACGGGAAAAAAUAUCUGCCAACAAUGGUGCCAGCGCAUGCAGAUCUCAUCGGUAUAGAUUGCGGUAACAUAGAGCUGCUCGAGAGGGAAUAUAUCCGAGCGACAGCAAAGUGUAGUUUCCGCGGCUACCGCGGAGCUUCAGCAGAUAUAGUGGCAACCUCGACCGACUCUCAACGUCAAAUAAUAUACAUCCAAGGUCUUGAAACUACAUUCAUAAACAGCACUGGGGUCUCUGAAGAGAAUACUUCUUCAUCAAGGACUUUAUGUACCAGAUUGACUUGGAAGCCGGAUAUCGAUUUACUCAACAAUACUCAAUUAUUCCUCAAUUGUACGACGCAUAGACCCCCUGAAGCCGUGGACGCGGUAGCUAGGUCCAGACUCCAAACCAUCGCUCUUAUGUCUUUCAUUGAAGAAGCUGUCGAUUAUGUGCAGAGAAACCCGUCUUUGACGUUGAAGCCACACAUGACAGCGUAUGUUGACUGGAUGAGAAACCAGUUACAACUCCUUCGAAACCGGCAUUUGACAGUCACCGAUGAAAUGGUGCAGGAGGUCCUCAAAGAUUCCCAUGGACGAGCAGAGCUGCUUGCAAAAGUCGAGGCCUUUGGUGACGCUGACUUUUUCUUGAUUCAUAUUGGCCGGAAUCUUAUUCAAGUUCUGUGCGGCGAACUCGACCCGCUUGAGCUGUUCUUCAAAAAUGGUCUUGCUGAUCGUUAUUACAAAGAGAUGCUUACGAACGAGCAUUUCUGCCACCCCGCUUCUGCUUAUGUUGAUCUUCUAUGUUUCAAGGAUCCAUCAAUGACGAUUCUUGAGGUCGGGGCUGGAACCGGUGGCCAGACGCAGCGAAUCCUGGAAACCUUAGCGUCCGAUGGGGUCAACAAAUGGUCUCGUUAUGACUAUACGGACAUUUCGCCAGGUUUCUUCGAAAGUGCACGAGCCAAAUUUAAUGAUCACUUGAAUCGAAUGGAUUUCAAGGUCUUAGAUAUAUCGCAAGACCCUAUCUCUCAGUCAUUUGAAGCAGAGAGUUAUGAUCUCGUGAUUGCUUCAUUCGUGCUCCACGCAAUCGAUGAUUUGAACAAAGCGCUACGUAACAUACGAAAGCUUCUAAAAACAGGUGGGCGACUGCUUCUAUUCGAGGCAACACGCCCAGAAUCACUGCAUAUUGGAUUCGCUUUCGGAGUCUUGAGAGACUGGUGGGCGCCGCUUAAAUUCGAAUCUCGAUCUCCGCAUAGCCCUUGCUUGAUAUCUCGAGAUUGGGAAGAGCGCCUGAAAGAAACAAGCUUCUCCGGUGUCGACGUGGAAAUUAAUGGGCAGUCGCAGACCGAGAUUCAGUAUUCUAGCAUCAUGAUCUCAACUGCCAUUGGUGACGGAGACUGGGAAGAAUCUAGUUCCCCGGAGAUCGCUGUGCUAAUAAAUCAGGACCGAGAGGACCAGUUGAGUUUUGCCACAUUAUUAAAAUCACGAUAUGACAACUGCAAGAUCUACUCGCUAGCAGAGCUCGCUGGAUUGAACGCCCCUUCAUCAGGCAUCAUUGUGUCCGUAUUGGAGUUUCACGCAAAGAUUUUGCACGGUAUAUCAGCCACAAACUAUGAAAAUCUUCACAAGGUGCUCGCUAGAUCUAAGAACACCAUUUGGGUCACUAAAUCCAUCUCAGGGGUGAUAGAACCCGAUCACCAUCUUGCUGAUGGAUUGGGUCGUGUCCUCGCAUCCGAAGACCCAAUACGCAAAUUUGUGACACUCACACUGGAUGCUGUAGGCGAAGAAAGUCAGGCCGUGGACCUCUUAAUGAGGAUCAUAAGCCGAGUGAACGCACUUUCGGUCGAAGAGCUGGAAACAAACGUUGUUUCGUCAACAACUGGCCCCCAAAUAAGUCGCAUAACCAGCAAUAGUCAUAUGGAUCAGGUAAUUGCAAAAGUAAACCUACCACAACAGAUAGAAGAGCGUUAUGUUAAUGGAGAAGACUCACUUUCGCUACGUAUCGAGCACCCUGGACAUCUGGAAACGCUUGGGUGGUUCUCAGGCGAAACUCUUCCCGCCAAUACUUAUUUGAAUGACGACGAUGUACAUAUAGAAGUGUCAGCAUUUGGGUUGACAUUCAGAGACUUCCUCAUAAGCAGUGGAAGUCAUAACGAGAUCGGCUUUGGAAUGGAGUCAGCUGGUACGGUCCGAGCUUCAGGCAUAGACUCGGGCUUUCACUCGGGCGAUCGAGUAUGCGUACUGGGGUCUUCCAUCGCCAAAUCCAUCCUAAGGGCAAGCGCAGCCGCGGUGUAUCUUAUUCCACCUGACAUAAGCUUUGCGGAGGCUGCUUCAAUACCUGUCUCAAUGUGGUUGGCUUAUCAUAGUAUUGUUGACCUAGCACGCCUCGAGGAAGGUGAUACCGUUCUAAUAUACCAGGCCACGAGUAGCACAGGUCAAAUGAUCCUCCAGCUAGCAAGAGAGAAAGGUGCUCAGGUUUUGGCCACUGCUAACUCACUUUCAAAAUGCAAGCAUCUCGUAAAUAUUCUGGAUCUGCCUGAGGAGUCGAUUUUAUACCCAGAGGACGCCUCACUGACAAACAAGAUAUAUCAUCUUACUCAAGGACGAGGGGUUGAUGUUAUUGUGGGGCCGGUUCUCAAUCAUAGCCCAGUAGACUUUACUGAGUGUCUCUCUACUUCAGGCCAUCUCAUCGAUAUUACUUUGACAGAUAGGGCAAAAUCAAGGAGAGUACCGCCUGCUGGCACAACUACCAACAUGUCGCUAUCAUAUGUGAACAUGGCCAGUCUAUUAGAAUCGCAGCCAAAGCAGGCCUACAGAACUUUUCAGAACGCCAUGGGAGAAUUCUUCCGAUUGAAACUGAAAAACACGCUAUCUCUCGAUGUCUUUCCGCCUUCUCAGGCUAAAGAGGCCUUCCUCAAGUUCCAAGACAGAUCAUUAAUUGCGAAAAAGAUAAUUGAGUUGCAUCCAGGAGACAGAUUACUUGUCAGUAUCAGUACCCAUUCCUCCGCUUCGAACAUACUAUAUUAA